GCUGCUGCUGCUCCUCUCCAGGCGCGCAGUAUCAUCCACAAACUUUGAUGAGCUGUAACCUUCACCAAGGCAACAAAACGAGUCGGGCUGCAGGAGUAAUUGAAACAAGGAAGAUAUACAUAUAUAUAUAUAUUUAAAACAUAUCAUUUCUGGGCGUCACUAAUUUCGGGCGAUUAAGCCUAACGAACAGGUGCCAAAAUGGAAAACACUCCGGUUGAAAUUUUCAAAGACAACAACGAGUGCCUGUCCACGUUGGUGCAAGACUGUCCGGGGAAUUCUUCUGCAUGGGUGUCCGGAUACUCUGAUAGCCGCAACGUGACCCACGAUGAUGAUGGCUGGGAGCAGGAGAGCAUGUCUCCCAUUAUCCCCAUCAUCACUGCAGUCUACUCCGUGGUGUUCGUGGUCGGCUUGUUGGGAAACUGCCUCGUCAUGUAUGUCAUCAUCAGGUACACAAAGAUGAAGACAGCCACCAACAUUUACAUUUUUAACCUGGCGCUCGCCGACGCCCUCGUCACCACCACGAUGCCCUUCCAGAGUACAGACUAUCUUCUGAACACCUGGCCCUUCGGAGAGGUAGUCUGCAAGGUCUUCAUCUCCAUUGACUACUACAACAUGUUCACCAGCAUCUUCACUCUCACCAUGAUGAGCGUGGAUCGCUACGUGGCCGUGUGCCACCCCGUGAAGGCCCUGGAUUUCCGCACGCCCAUUAAAGCCAAGAUGAUCAACGUGUGCAUCUGGAUCUUGUCCUCGGCGGCGGGGAUACCUGCGUUCGUGCUCGGCGGAACCCAGACCAACAGCGACAUAACUGAAUGUGCCUUGCAGUUCCCAGAGCCGUACGCUUACUGGGACACGCUGAUGAAGAUAUGCGUGUUUGUCUGCGCCUUCGUGGUGCCCGUGCUCAUCAUCACCGUGUGCUACUCCCUCAUGGUCCUGAGGCUCAAGAGCGUCCGGAUGCUGUCCGGUUCCCGGGAGAAGGACCGCAACCUGCGGCGCAUCACGCGGCUGGUCGUGGUCGUGGUCGCGGUGUUCGUGGUGUGCUGGACGCCCAUUCACAUCUUCAUCCUGGUCAAGGCCCUCGUGAGCGUGCCUGAAACCACCGCCAUCAUGGCCGCCUACUUCUUCUGCGUGGCCCUGGGCUACACCAACAGCAGCCUCAACCCCGUCCUCUACGCCUUCCUGGACGAGAACUUCAAGCGCUGCUUCAAGGACUUCUGCCUCUCGGCCAAACUGAACAGGGAGAAGGCGUCCGGGAGCAAAAAGAAUCCCAGCACUGUGCGGGAGGCGGCCGUCGCCCUGCAGAACCAAGAUGGGACUAGGAGGCCUUCAUGACUAGCCGUGGAGCUGUCAACAAUAUCACACAUUGGAAAAGAAGACUCACAUGACCUGGGCUUAACCCACAUCACAUCGACAAUGUAGUCGGACAUCUUGAGUUCUUUUCACCAGAUUAAGCAGUGCCAACAGUGAAACAAGUUCAUUUCACUCUAAUCAGAGGAACAUUUAUAGUUAUAUUCAAUCUCUGCAUGACAGUAAUUUCAUCCUCAAACUUUUGAAACUGUUCCCUCAUAGCGGGCAGUUGUUGUAAUCUGUGAAAGAUAUUGGUCUUUUAUUAUUUAUACUGUGUUGGUUCAUUUUUCUUCUUUGGAAAACAUCCAAGAUACAUGUUGAGAUGAUUAUUUUACUACACUUUGACUGUUGUAAAGUAACAUUUGCAUAUAUAAAAAAAUACAUUUAAAAUAACUGUCUUCACCCAAGUAGAUAAUUGGGGAAGUUUCAUGGCGAUGUCCAUGAGCUGAAACGUGUAAAUAGUGGUUUUUAUAGUAAAUAUCCAAGGGCCAUAUUUCUUGAACUAAGUUUUUCUCGUGGUUCAGUACAUGCAGCAAACUUUACAGAUUUUUUAUUUUCUCCCCCUAUUGAUUUUCUGAGUUUGUUUACGGACGAGUUCGCUCAUGAAUAAUUUAUGGUUUGAAUUAUAGAACAUUCUAUUCCUAAAAAAAUGACAUUAGGUAGAUUUUUUUUUUUUUUUGCAGGUUUUCAGCUAUGAAAAGAGACAUCCAACAUUAACUCUGUAAAAUUUCUGACUUUGUAAAAUGAAGCAAGAUUUAUGAACUUGAACUUUUUACACAAUGUCCAAAUGUUACUAGACAAUGCCUGUUUUUUAAUUUUCUCAAUGUAAAUAAUCAGCUGAAGUUUCAUGACAUUCUGUAUAUAAGUUAAAGAUGUUUUACCUUAUUCACCUGUAGUGUUGUCAACAACAGUGUCAUUUCUUAGAUAGCGUUCCUAAGAAUGUGCUGCUCAUCCUUUCAAUGGAUUUCUGCAAUGAAAGAGGAAAUUGGAGUUAUUUAAACAGCUGUAUAAUUUAUUUCAUGAGUUUUCACUUCCACUCCAGGUGGCUUCUUCAGUUCUAAAUGACUGUUUUUUAACUCAGAAAAUCACCCAAAUCAAAAAUCAUUUGAGCGUCAGGUGCAAACCACAGAUGCUCUGAAAUAAAAGCCUCGAUUUAGAAAAGACCUCUUACGUGAUUGAUGAAAGGUCUUUACGAAAGGUCUUAACUUUAUGUUUAGAUAUACCUUUAUGGCCAAAACCAUUAAAUAAGAGCCAUGUUACUCAAUAGAAGGAAAACCGUCAUUAAAAUAACAAUUUCAGGAGAAUUUGUCAUUGUUUAAAGGAAAAAUUAAAAUUCUGACAAUAUUGGUGCAUGUGAAGUCUCAUCGCGUUUUGAUGUAUGUGUUUCUUUAUUGUUAUUAUUUAAUUUCCUCCUGUUACUGUCCCGUUGCCAUUUGUGCCUUUAACAGUCCAGGAUGUUUGUAGCAGCAGGAUAAAAAGAUGGAUCGGGUCUAACAGCACCUCAUGUAUAAUAUUUAACAUGUCAGUGAUGGCUGCAUGGAUCACUGACAACAGACACGUGCCAAAAUCGAUCGCUGAUUGACCGGAAUGUGAGAAACAACCGACUCAUGGUGGACGUUAAAACAUUCAGCUGCGUCAAGUUUGUCAGUGGGGGGGGAGAUGAAAGGGGAAAAUCCUGGACCUGAAUGUGCAUUAAAAUUUGACAGAGGGCUCUCUAUCAGCUUUGACCCUGGCAUAGUGUCCAGACCGAUAAGUUGUUCUGUUUAUGGAUUAACUACUCACAUGUUCUGUGUAUGGCUUCUACCGUGAUACACAUAGUGAACCGUCAAGCUACUAUUUCUGUGCAUUCUGAAUAUGUGAAGUUGCGCACAAUGUUAAAUACAGUAUAUUCUAACAGCUGUACAGUAUGUUAGUAUGCACACAAUACCUUAUUUUGUAUAGAUUCCCUAGAGCCCAUGCACAAGCAUCAUUGAAAUAUAUUGUAUUUGUAGCAUGUUAAAUGACCAUUGCAUAAAAGCAAAAUCAGCAGCCAUAUUAUGCUUGAUGGACUGUGCUUUUUUUAUUGAAUGUACUGCAAAUAGACUCUGUGUAAGGGAAUUAAUGAUGGCAUAAAUGCAUCUGUUUCAUUAAAGCACAACUCUUAAAAAACAAAUGAAUUCACAGCUAUGACAUGCAUACAUACAGAAAUAAAAAUAUACAAAGAU